UCUGCGGUCUCUGGUCUUCAGUCUUCUGUGGCCUUGCUUAGCCGACGGUUGUGUGGCUCUCUACCAUUUUUUUUUACCAAUUCUUCAACUGCCAAAAAUCAAAUACUAAAGAAAACAACAACCCAGAGGCCGAGUGCAAGCAAAUAUUAACACCAAAAAUCAUGUCUUGGCUGGUGGUUCUGCUGAUUUUGUACAUCAUCUGGGAUGUGAACUACUUCAUCCGGUGUGUCUUCACCGUCUUCGCGGGACGACUCUUCCAGAGCAAGCGCAAGGUCACGGAUAAGACCUCGAUCUAUGGACUGUGCACCUCCCAGGACGUGGACAUCUUCAUCCGGCACAUGAACAAUGCCCGUUACCUUCGGGAACUGGACUUUGCCCGCUUCCAUUUCUAUGCUCUGACGGGACUGUACGAACGGAUCCGGGCCAGAGGUGGUGGCGCCGUCCAAGGGGCCAGCAGUGUCCGGUAUCGUCGCACCAUUCCCAUCUUCCAUCCGUACAAGAUCACCACGAAGCUGGUGUGGUGGGACGAGAAGGCCAUCUACAUCGAGCAGCAGUUCAUCACCCUGGCCGAUGGCUUUGUGCGGGCAGUGGCCCUCUCCAAGCAGUGCAUCACCAACUGCAAUGUCGUGGACAUCCUCAAGAACUAUCCGGAGGCGGCCAAGCGCCCGGAGAUGCCCGAGGAUCUCAAGCUCUGGCUCGAUGCCAUCGAGCUCUCUAGCCAAAAGUUGCGCAAAGACAAGUGAUUUUUCUCACCUCCUCGAAUCUUGCCUUUAUUUUUUUUUUUAUUUACAAAAAUAUAUAAGACUUAAUUUUGCUAAAACAAUAACUAAAAAACAAAUAAUAUUAAAGCGUCUUACAUGAAAACUAUUUUUUAGUUAACUUUGUGUAAAUAUUUCAUAGUCUUAAAGGUAACUUUUUGUAAAGAUCUUUUUUAAAUACAGUGGCUAAGGCUAAACAUAAACUUUUCU